AGAUGGAGUUAGUAGUCGUCGGUGCGCGAUGCUAGUGUAAUCAGUGAUGAUACAAAAAGAGAGUGGGGAGGCUUCAGGGUUCUGUGGGUGUUUGGUUCAGGUUCGGGCAUCACCGUUUCAUACUGACGCACCAGUCGUGUGCUUGGUCAUUGUAUUUGACAAAUAAUAGCUGAAAAAUAAGCUUCCGCGGAAGCUUCACCGGAGGUUAACAUGACGACCUAACACGAGGUAACGACAGCCGAGCUGAUGAAUGCUCAUUGACGAGGACAAAAGAUUCCGCGGGAGGUGACGAGUAAUAUAACUCGGAUGUUUUAUCUUUAAAAUAACGAAAUGAUUGAUAUCGAUAACAACUUUGGCAUGAUGGGAAGCUCCAAGAUGCCACACAGCCACUCGACUCCGGCUGGUGUCGACGGUGGAAGUCGGACUCCGCCUGCAACACCACGUAAAACUGGAAAAAUGCUUGCCGUCAGAGUACAAAUGCUUGAUGAUAAAGUUACAAUGUUUCAAGUUCAGGCCAAAGCAUUGGGAAGAGUUUUGUUUGAUCAAGUAUGUAAGCAGCUAAAUUUACUGGAGGCUGACUACUUCGGGUUGGAGUACCAAGAGCCAAAUGGAACUAAGUAUUGGUUGGAUUUAGAGAAACCAGUUUGUCGACAAGUAGGUUUAACAAUGGUUGAUCCAUUAUUGAGAUUUUGUGUUAAAUUUUAUACACCGGAUCCAGGACAAUUGGAGGAAGAAUUCACAAGAUAUUUAUUCUGUUUGCAAAUAAAACGAGAUCUUGCACACGGGUUACUUCAAUGUAAUGACAAUACUGCUGCAUUAAUGGCUAGUUAUAUUGUACAAGCUGAAUGCGGUGAUUACGUAAUAGAAGAUUAUCCAGAUCAUACUUAUUUGUCGACAUACAAAUUUGUGCCGCAUCAGGAUCAUGAACUUGAAAGAAGAAUCAUGGAGAAUCAUAAAAAGCAUUCAGGUCAGUCGCCAGCGGAAGCAGAUUUAAAUUUAUUAGAAACAGCUCGACGUUGCGAACUUUACGGUAUGAAAAUGCAUCAAGCCAAGGAUCAUGAGGGAGUUCCAUUGAAUUUGGCGGUAGCACACAUGGGCAUUGUGGUCUUCCAAGGUUAUACCAAGAUUAACACAUUCAGUUGGGCGAAAAUCCGUAAAAUAAGCUUCAAGAGAAAACGUUUUUUAAUUAAGUUGCACCCUGAAGGUUACGGUUAUUACAAAGACACGGUUGAGUUUUUCUUUGAUGGUCGUAAUGAGUGUAAAAAUUUUUGGAAAAAGUGUGUCGAGAAUCACGGUUUCUUUCGUUGUUCUGUUGUUAAACGUGUAUUGCGCCAGAAAACACGGGUUUUGAGUCGUGGAUCUUCCUUUAGGUAUAGUGGCAAGACCCAGAAACAAAUUGUUGAAUUUGUCCGAGAUAAUUACGUGAAGCGACAAACAUUUCAAAGGUCCAAUUCAUUCCGGCAGACUACCGGUUGUAGGGCAUUGCAGGGCUCGGAGGGGGGAGGUUAUCGUGGCGCCACCCCUAGCAGCUCGCUUAUGGGCAGCUCCAGCAUCUCUGCCCACCCCCUCCUGCCCCUUGGCGACCCUGCCCUGGGAACACCUCGUCUGUCUCUGUCAUGCGGUUCGAUGACACCGGAUUCUCCGACGACUGUGACGAGUGUCUCGAUGGGCGGGACGAGUCAUCACCGUCGCGACGACACAGCUAUGUCCUGUCGGACGCUCACCUCUAUCGACGUCCAUACUCCAGCUACUCCCAAUCAAGCCCCGGGACGGCAUAUUACGGCUGCUCAUCAACAAUUGCAUCUUCAUCAGCAGCAGCAGCAGCAGCAGCAACUCCACCACCAUCAGCAGCAACAACGGAUAACAUCAUCAACAGGUGGUGAUUACAACCGAUGGAACUACACGAAUGGAUACGUUAAUUCGCCGGCUUGGCACGUGCCAUUCCGGGUCAACUCGGUGCGUAAUGUAUUGGCUCAUGCAACGCCACGCACACUCACUAAUCGGUUCUUACCAGCCUAUCCAGAAUGAACAACCGCAUAUGUGGGGUAAUAAUACAACUUGAACAAACAAACAAAUUAAUGCCGAGAUCAAUUGUUACCUAUUGACUAUAUAAUAAUAGUCUAUGGUUGAAAAAUUUUUAAAUUAUUCUUUCAAUUUUUAUUAUUGUUAAAUUAACCAUUUUUGACCAUAGAUUACAUAGAUAUGUGUAACCGUGAAAAAAGGCAAAAAAAAAAAAAAAAAAAAAAAAAAAAAAAAAAAUUAUUUUUAUUUUUUAAAAAUAAUUACAGUUAAGCUGAGUACCACCUAUCACACGGAGAAUCUUUAAAUUAAUAUUAAAAAUUUCAACAUUAAGAAAAUGUAUAAAAUGUGUAACCAUUUUAUUUACUUGAAAAUUUUUUUUAAAAUUCUGCAUAUUUUAGAACCAUUUAGAUGCAUCACCAUAUAUAUAAUCAACCGUCACAAUCACAUUCCAUCACAUUUUAUUUAUUUGAUCUCUAGUUAACUAGAUCACCUUAGAAGUAACAAAUCAUUAACCAUCACAAUCACUAAAAUUAUAAAUAAUCCUAAUUUUAAUACAACAUUGUAAAUAAAUCUUAAAGGUUUAUUCCCUCAAUGUUACGGGCAUUAAAUGUCCUCAAGUGCCAAUAAAAUUUCAGAUUUUCUAGACAACUAUUUUUCAUUGCUUGUUGUAGUUAUUCAACUAUACAUAUAUACAUUAACUAUACAUACUUAUACAAUUACAUAAAAUGAUAGCAUAAUUAAUAAGAUUAAAUAAACUAUAAAGCACUUAACUUUACAUAAUCGUUGAUUAACAAAAUUAUUAUAAGAAGACAUAAACACUAAGACUCUCUUUCUCUGUCCUGUGUUGUGUGGUACUUAGCAUUCCCGCAUCUGUAAAUUAUCAAUAAUUACUAACUGUUAAUCAUUAACUACACUACACAUUAAUUAAUUGAUUCAAAAUUUGGUUGAUUUGUUAAUUACCCCACCUAUGAACUAUUUGAGUAGCGCCCUCUCUUCCGUAUGUACAGAUUAUUUUUUUUUUUUUUUUUCUAAAUAAUUAAUAAGACUUGAUAAUUAAUUAUCUGUAAAGCACAAAAUAAUUUUUUAAUCAUAUUUCAGGUGCCUUUUUUAAUUAUUACUAAUUAAUAUUAUUUACAUUUAAAAUAAUCACCACCUGUCGACAGCAACAAUGGGAUGUUAAUAUAAACAUUAUUUAUUUACAAUUAUUAUUGAUUAUUAAUUAUUAAUAAUUAAAAAAAAAAAAAAAUUCCCUUUUUCAGAACGUAAAUAUUUUUUUGCCCUUGUACUGAUACACUCCUUUUAUAAACUUUUUUCAAAUCUCGUCACUAUUGUGCAUGUUAGUUACUAUUAUUGAUUGGUUGAUUAAUUAAUUAAUUCGUUUAUUGAUUAAUUAAUUAAUUGGACACCUGUAACAGAGAGAAAGAGAAAAAGAGCGAGAGAGAAAGAUUUAUUGUAUCGUAUUAUUAUAUAUGAAAUUUUUGAUAUUACUUUAAAAGAAUUGACGCUGAAAUAGCUGGAAAAAAAAAAAAAAAAAAAAAAAAAAAAAAAAAAAAAAUUUCAAAGUUAUCUUCAAUAAGAUUUACUACUGAAGAAAUCAUCAAAUUAUUGAGGUUAAAUUUUUUUUUCUUGUACUUAGAUGAAUUUCCGAAUUAUUAAUGUUGCACGUUGACAUUUACUAAUCACGUCAUUGUUGUUUAUUAAUAAAGAAGAAAAGUAAUUAUA